GCUGGCGAAAUUUCUGAUCUUAACAACUAUCGACCGAUCUCUAUUUUACCUGUGCUUUCAAAGAUCAUUGAACGACAUGUACACGACUGUCUGUUUUACUAUCUCACUAUAAAUAAUCUGAUAUACUCCAACCAAUCCGGUUUUCGAAGCGAAUUUGGCACAGAAACUGCUGUUGCAUUUAUCGUUGACUCUCUUUUACUCAACCUGGAUAAAAAUCUCAUUAAUGGCAUGGUCUUAGUCGACUAUAAGAAAGCCUUUGAUAUGGUUGAUCACUGUAUCCUGCUUGAUAAACUUGGAGCAUACCAUCUUGAUCAGAGCUCGCUUGAUUGGUUUAAAUCCUAUCUAUCAGACCGUAAACAAUAUGUUAACUUCAAACGCCAGUCUUCUACAACAAAAGUAAUCACGGACGAAGUACCACAGGGUUCUAUCCUUGGUCCUCUAUUGUUUCUCGUUUUUAUCAACGAUUUGCCUCUACAUAUCAACACCCAAGUAGAUUUAUUCGCUGAUGACACUACCUUACUCGCUGCCACUGAUUAUAAUGAUAUUAAUGAACUUAAUGAGAAAUUAUCUCUGGAGGUCUCUAACGUUCAAAACUGGGCCAUUACCAAUAAACUGCCUCUCAAUACCACUAAGACCAAAACCAUUCUGAUUUCUGGUAAACGUCUUAAAGCUAAGCUUACUCCUGAAAAUCAAACUCUCAAUAUUAAAUUGAACGAUGAUUCAUUAGAACAAGAGCACACUGUGAAAUUACUGGGCUUUAAUAUGGAUGAAGAUUUAAACUUUGACACUCAUGUUGAUAUAAUUGCAAUGAAACUAUCGAAACGUAUUGGAAUAUUGAAAUCUAUAAAAUCCUACCUGCCUCGAAACGAACGUAUUCUUUUAUACAAUGCUAUGAUCAAACCUCUAUUUCUCUAUUGUAGUAUAACCUGGACAAACUGUAGGCCUAGUAAGAACAAUAUCACAAAAAUUUUCAAACUUCAAAACCCGGCGCUGCGCCAGAAUUAUCCUUGA